GCGACAUGCGUUCCGAACCCCCCACCCGGAUAUCCGAGCUCCGAGCGAGCCUAAUCGGGAACAAGGACCUUAAAUUUAAAUUAUGUAGAGAUUUGAUGGCGGUACGAGAAAUCGUGUCAGACUUGCGCGCGGGGAUCCGCAGCUUGAUCCAAGGCAACGAGAACGACGGCUGGUCCGUGAACACCACCACCACUCCCUCCGGUGGCCCACUGUGUGCGCCGCUCGCCGCAUUGGAGGACCGUGCUGUGGUGCUCAAGAUGGUGUGCUGGUUCAGUCGUGAGAUGGGUGUAGUGGUGCCCUGUUCUGUCAAUGAUUCGCAGGCGGCGUCGUUAGUGCUUGAUGAAUGUGAGCCAUUGGUUGACGAAAUUGCCCAAUUUUUGGGAUUUUUCAUGGCAAAAGUGUUGGCCCGUGGCUCCAUGCUCCCGGGAGCCGGUCCACAGUACGUGGCCCGGUUUGUACGUAUUGCUAGAGACUUGCUAGACCUUGUCUAUUGCUUGUACCAUCAGGACCCUCAUCGGCGUGGGAUCUCGUCUCCAGUCUCAACCACCAUGCUUUGGCGGUGGGUCACUGCCCUGGUGAUCUUUAUUGGUGAGGAGAACGAUCGGUACCCUCUCCACGACAACUUGUUGCUUGUGCAGCUGUUACGGCUUGUCCCGGUGCUCCUUGAGAGCAACAGUGAUGGGGUCAAGACCACCACCUUGUUGCUGGCCUUGCUUCAUCGUCUUGAUAAGGAGUGUUCCAGGAUCUAUUCCGGGCAUUUCCCCGACGUCGAGAGGAAGGUUGCUUCCCUGUGGGACCGCGAGCCGCUCCGCUGGCCCCUGCUCGGGGGGAGCCACUGCGUGGAGCCUGGCUCCUCUACGAGGAGUCCCUUGCACCCAGGACCGUCACAAGAACAGCCGCCCCCACGGCUAGUGGCCCACGGAGUGCCAGCGGAGCGGCUUGCUAACCCCGUAGGGUCCCACAAAGACCAUGAACCCUCCCUUCUGUGGAUCCAAGGAAGGGGUCCUAGCUCCACUGCUGAACCUUUCCUCGACCCAAAUUUGCCCAAUGUAGACCCAAACCCGCUUUUCCUCAAGCAAUGCAUCGACAUGCCCACGUUGUCCGCGCUAGUGACCGCCAUUGCACAGGUGUUCAGCUACCUGAAGCAACACGGCUAUCUGGUGAGCAAGGAUGAGACCGCGGUGGUGUUGCCCUCAAGAGUCUACUUGUCUCUCUUGGUGAUGCUCAAGGUGGAGGAUGCGGCGCUAGUCACCUCGAUCUUGAACCUCUUGUACUUCUACCUAGACAAUAUGGGCCAGGUGGCCGUAACCAUGACCAUGACCGUGGCUGGUUCCAGCCACCAGACGGAGCAAGACGAGUUGAUUUUUGCCAAUUAUCGGAAAUUAUUCCCAAGGAUCAAUGAAAUGAUCUUGAGGAGUCAGACUGAUAGUAGUAGUAGUAUUAGUCCACUUCUUCUCUCUCCAUGUAAAAUCCUUGCCAACCUCUGUACGUCAUACCCACGUCUCAGCACCGACUUGAGGAGAACAAACAUCGAUACCAAACUUUUGAAUCUCUUGGAAUCUUCAACCAAUGGCCUGUUACCGCUCAAAUGGUUCAAAGAGUUGAAGAAAGAUCAUGCCGGGAAAUUGGCGGAUUUCACUCGAUUCUCCGCCGUUUCUGACUCGGGCCAUCUCUCUGAUUUGUUACUUUUACUCUCGGUCUACUCUUCCAAUAAGGAGGAGUAUCGGGGCCGUGUGGUUAAUGGUACCAAGACCAUGAUUUUAUCGCAAUCUGUGGUGGAAAUCAUUGCCAAUUAUGAGUUUCUUACCGGUCAAUUUGAACUAAUUGACGAACAAAUCGCCCGGGAAACUAAACCCGAGGUCUUGGUAUGGUUGGGGAGAAAUCUAACCAUCAUGGUGGCCAUUUUACACGAUGAAAUGUUCACCAAUAUGUUUUAUUUGAUUAGAAGUUUGUCUAGAUCAGUCAGCUUAUUGAGGACAUUUUUCGUUGAAUGUGAUAAUGAAAGAUUGGAAAAUUCUCUGAGUGAUGGUUCAAAUGGGACUUUACAAUAUUCCAAUGGAGAUCAGGGCCAUUUCAUCAAAAAUUUAUUGAAUAUUCUUGAGAAAUUACCUCUGGUUUGUUCAAUUAUUGUAAAAUAUUUGAAAUUAUCUGGUGACAGGGCCGCUAAUAAUCCCACUAAUGAUCUUUUCAAUACAUUAUCUACAAACAUAAUCAUUCUACUUGGAAUCUUUGCCAAUCUUGUGCUUGAUUUCUCUUCAUUUAGACAUUCCAUUGUUAAUGAUUCUUCAUUUCUUUCGACUCUUUAUGAGAUCUUUACCAGGUUUGUCACUCUAGAUGGGGUUGUUGAUUCCUCCUUGAUCCAACACACCGUGCAACACACCGUUCUACAAGUAUUGAAGAAUUAUACCUACAAUGAAACCGAUGAGAAUAAAAGAGAUCUAGUGGAAAACUUCCCCCUUGCACAAAUCUUUGAGAAAAUGGUUUAUCAGGGCAAAGAUAGAAAGAUGGAGAGUCUCUCUAUUCAUCAGAAACAAGAACAAGAAAAGGUUGUGGCGUUUGAUAUCAUUAGAAAUUUGACCAGUGGUAGUAAAUGGUUCAGUGAACAAGUCCUGAUCCAAUGGAGUCAAUGGUGUAGAGAUCAAGAAAUUGCGACGGGGGUUGUCCCCAACGAUUGGUAUGACUUUUUGGUCGAUACCAUGGGAGGUGGUGCCCGAUUUGUGGAUCUUGUAGAUGAAAAUUAUGUCUCCAUUUGUCUUUCAAUUAAUUAUAUUGAAGAUCAUAGACAUACAAAUAUGGAGAGUCUUCAAGAGAAUAUCUCGAGUAAAGUGAAGAUUUUGGCCAUUUGGUUGGAUUUUUUAAAGAUGCUGCUGCUGCUGCUGCAAAGUCAGCUGCUGCUGCAAAGUCAAGAGUCUCUGCUGCUAAUUGCAAUCAACAACUUGUACUCCAUCCAACUCUCCAUCUGUUGGAUUCUCAUCAAUUUAACAUGGAAAAGUGGCCGGUCACUCAUCUCUCCGUCUGAUCGUUUCAAACUAUAUGAAACCAUCCAAACCUCCUCUUCUUCAAGGAUCGAUAUCCCUGAAGAUGAUGAGGAGGAUCACGACAUUCUCAUGGAAAACACCUCACAUUCACAGACCCAAUCCCAUGCUCAUGGACGACUCUUCCCCAAUGAAACAGCGGUGGAACGAGCAGAAUACUUGAGAAGUUUUGGCUUUCUUGGCGCUUUGAACCAUUUAAUAAAGAAAUUGGGUGAAAGUCAAAGUGUUUCGGCCCCCAACAAACGAUUUGAUUAUUUCAUGGGCAAUGAUUUGUUUGAGAAGGCAAGGACGGCAAGACACCAGAUCUUGGAAUUGACUGGUGGUGAUAGAAGCUACUCGCUGGGUGACAGGAGAGGGAGACCUUCACAAGACGCCUCCAGAAGAAGCUGGUCGGGUGGAGACCACGACAGAUCAAGACCUGAUCGGUUGGGACAAGGUGGUGGAGCUGACACCGUCACUGACAGACCAACGGUCAAUCGUGGAGGUGAAGGAUAUGGAUAUGAAUCCGACUCUGAAGGACUUGAAAUGGGUCCAUCAGACGAGGAAAUGGCCGUUGAUGAUGACGAGGACGAUGAAGACAUUGAUGAAUGUUGGAUUAGAUAACACCGGGGCCACACUGCUGGCAGUAGAUGAAUACA